AUCAUUUAGAGGUUGAUCCACGCGUCACACACACCAUCACUCGUGUGUUACUACAUGCAGACAGCUGCUACGCACUUGGUGGGGGGCGAUGGAGAGACAUGAUAUGACAUUUGGCCACGCGUAAUUUGCGCAUUUGGAAAAAGCGGCGCGCGCGAGGAAUGCGCCGCUGUGUGAUGAUUUGACUGUUUGCGGACGACUGCUGCUGUUGGAGUAAGUCCAGGGAUGCUGCGGCUUGUCUGGCUGCCGGAGUGCCGCCGCGCAAUGCGGGGCUGCGCCCUCCACACUUGCUGAGUAGGAGCGGCGCGGAUCAGGCGUCUCUUGACUCUCAGUUGAAUUACGCGCCAUGGAUCGCUCCUGGGACAUUUAAGCAUCCUGCCUGUGGGAGUGCGUACCGCUCCUCCUUAGGCUGCAACAUGGGGAACAGUUUGACCAAUUUGGGUGCCUUCCAGUCCUUGCACAUAGUCAUGCUGGGCUUGGACUCUGCGGGCAAAACCACCGUGCUGUACCGGCUGAAAUUCAACGAGUUCGUAAACACGGUGCCCACCAUCGGCUUCAACACGGAGAGGAUCCGGCUGGGCGGAGCGGGGGCCUCCAGGGGCAUCAGCUGCCACUUCUGGGACGUCGGGGGCCAGGAGAAGCUGCGGCCCCUGUGGAAGCCCUACAGCCGCUGCACGGACGGCAUCGUGUACGUGGUGGACUCCGUGGACGCGGAGAGGCUGGAGGAGGCCCGCACCGAACUGCACAAGAUCACCCGCUUCUCGGAGAACCAGGGGACCCCUCUGCUGGUCAUCGCCAACAAGCAGGACCUGCCCCGCGCGCUGGAUGUCGCGGAGAUAGCGCGGCAGCUGGCUCUGUCCGAGCUGAGCCCCUCCACCUCGUACCACGUCCAGCCGGCCUGCGCCAUCAUAGGAGAGGGGCUGGAUGAGGGCAUGGACAAGCUGUAUGAGAUGAUAGUGAAGAGGAGGAAGUCACUGAAGCAGAAGAAGAAGAGGCAGUGAUGCAGAUAUUCCUGAAUUAUAUAGCAGUUAAAGGCAUAAAUAGCAUAAUUGUUCACCAUGUCUCCAUGUAUGACAGAUUUAUAGUGAUGCUAGCUGAAUGUUAUGAAGGGACAUGAAGACAGAGAACUAGAUCAUCAUAUAGUAUAAAUAGGAGUCUCAUAAAACAAUCAUAAUAAUCUCAAACAUCCGGGAAAAUAUAGUGAUGCUUUGCCUUGUUCAGCAGUUUUAACCCUCCCAACAGGCAGGUUGUGUCUCUGUGAGUAUGAUUAUUAAUAGGACUGUUUCAUACUGCUGCUGCCGUGUUGUGCUGUGCACACACAUGCGAGACUGUUAGUGCUGCACUGAUUCUGUGAAAUGGUGUUAAACCAAAGAUGAUCCCCCAAGAAGACAAAGCUCUCCUCCAUUGUUUAGUUACUUACAACCGUCCCUGACGCUCCGAGGCCAACGUGUAAACCUGCAAGAGAUUGAGUUGAGACGAGGCCGAGAUUACAACCAUGACUUUGUUUUUACUUUCUCAGUUUAACUUCAGUUAACUUCUACGUUUUAACACAAGUUAAUACGCUAACACAAAGUGUAGGGAUGCACCGAUAUGGAUUUUUUUUCAGCCGAUACUGAUAAUUGGCUGCUUCUACCGAUAACCUGAAAUUAUCGGUAUUCUUUUCGUCUUUUGAAAAUAGGUUCAUGCACACCUGAGUGUAAGAAAGGAUAAUGAGCAAAGAUGGAUGUUUUAAUAUUCCAAAUAGCUCUGACCAAAACUAAUUUACUAUUGUUAUCAUCACAAACAACUUCUGACUCUUCCAAUUAUACAUUUUUUUUUUUUCUUGUAAAGUACAUAAGAAAACAAAAUUGUAUUGCAAUCAUGUUGUCUUCCUCUGAAAACUGUGAAAAAAGUCCAAACCUGCGACGCCAUGUUUAGCUUCUUCUUCUAUGUUUGUUGGCGGAUCACAAGCCAACUUUUAAGAGUGUGCAGAUGCUGCGCUUGGUAAGUCAAUGAAAGCAAUUUAUUGUCUAUAAUUUCAUUAUUGAAAUAAUAUAACUCAUGGGCCCGAUGCAUAUUGUGCAUCCUUAUAAAAUGCUGCAUUUGAUGCAACAAUGUGUGGCAUCAACAUUCUCUAUGAUUAAGAUUAUGGAAUAAUAGACUCCAUGCUCAUUUUGCACUUUCUCUCCCAGAGAAACCUCCUUUGAUUAGAUCUCCUCCAGAAGCCAUAGUGGAGGUCUUGAGCUCGGCUCGUUUUGUGUCUUACAGAAGUCAGUAGAUCUGAUUUUGACUGCUCACCUUGGAUCUAUGAACAUGUGGCUCUCUUGGUUUUAUCCUUGGUGCAGCGUCACCACGUUUCUUCCAUGAAAACUAACAACUAGUUGCUGAAUAAGUUGCCAGUGGACACCAUGUGUUAGUUCAUUGCUGCAUAAACCUGCAUUUGCUACAGCCAAUCAGAGUGUACAAAUGUCCGGCUGCAGGAAUUUGCUGCCAAAUACUUGUAGAGAGAGCAUGUUUCCAGUGGCUAGAAAAAAAUAUGCUAGAUUUGCUGCUAGUUUCCUCUUUUAUAUUGAAAUGUAGAUGUUUAUUUUAUUUGUGCACCAAAUAUCCAUUUGACCGUCAUGAUGGAGCAACAAAUGUGUAGAUCACAGUGCCAUCCAUGUUAUAGUUACUUACAUCAUUGGCUGCCAAACAAGUGAACGUCAAAUGGUGCAAACUAUCAUUGUGCAUUGCACAUGACUUGGGACAAAAUGAGAUUGUCUUUUUCUGUUAAAUCCCAACAUGAAUAGUUUUGCGGUCAUCUGUUUAUCUGAGUUGUUGAGAACGUGUUAUGAGUGUGUUAUGAGUGUGUCCUGCUGGCAAAAAGCGUCUUCCUGUUUCAACGAUGUAGUGAAACAAACCAACGGGCUGGAACCUGUUGUGCUGCUCCAAACAUGACUUCUCCUCUCAUUGAAGGUAUUGAAUCCUAAAUAUUUCCUCCAGUUGAAUGAUGAACCAAAACGUGCUGUGUGGGUUUUUUUUUUAUUAUUAUUUAAUCCAAUUAAAUCAGUUCCCAACCUUGAUAAUAUUAACAGGAUGUUCCACCCACAUGAUUGACAGCUUGCAGACUAGUUGCAUUUCGUCUUGACUGACAGGACGGUUGAAUGUCUCGCAUGGACCGCGUUCACGUCAAAACAGAAGAACAAACGGGGUGAAAUCUUGUUGCAAGUUGAUUGUGUUUUGGGGUUGAUUUGGUCAUUUAAUAUUUAAUAUAACAACCACAAGGGGGGCAGAUUUAUUUUGUGUUUAUUUCCGACGUGAACGUGGCAUCCUUCUCCUGCAGUAAUCAGUCGAGCUGUGUUCAACAUUGCAUGACAGCCACUACUUCAGACGAUGUAAAUAAUAAGUACAGUGUUGCAGCAAGACCAAACGAUGUGUUACGUGCCAAUAAUGGAAAAAAGUAUUUUUGGGAUUAAACUCUUUGUAAUUGAGCGUGUGUGUUGUCUGGCUCUCUCUAAAGCUUUAAUCAGGGUGGGGAAUUCCCAGCAGCUCUCAGCUAAGUGUCAGCUAUACAUUGUAGUUAGUAAUAAUUUAAAAUAUACUACUUUACGACUAUAUAAAGGAAAUUCUUCAUGUUAAAUCAAAUACUGAACCAACCUGCUGAAGCGUGCUGCAACUGUGACUUUGGCGUGUUGGCUGUCUUCAAAAAAUUGUCAAAUUUCACUCAAGGCAGCUUCUCUGCCUCUAAACUAAUCAUCCAAUAUCAACAACAUCCUCUAUAUAGUUAUAUUUGCCAACGAUAUUAUAUUUAACUAAACAGAAAAUGAUUAAAUGAAUGGAAUGAAUAAAGAACAUGAUGGAGUGUAAGAUGAACCCAAAACAAAUAAAGGAUUGCAUGUGAGAAAGUAGAAUCAGUAUUUACACAGGUACUUCUUUCAUCGAAGCAUUUAUUCUAUUGACAUGUUUGUUUAUACUAUUCUUUUUCUAAGUUACUUGUUGUACAUACACUGGUAACGAGCAGGUCUGGAACCCAACUCAAGUACGCCCAGAACUCUUCUCUAAACGUAUUCUUCUCACGUGUUAAUAGACUUAAAAAUUCACUGCACCUCAUAAAGAUCGAACUUGCAACCAAAUAGGCAAAUCCUUGCCAUCAAAACCUAAGUUUUAAAAAGAAAAAAAAGAAAAGAUAAAUGAAACUCAGGUUUGUUUU